CUCUUUAUCCUCUUUGGACUCCACUGUAAACACUGGGAAACCUUUGGACCACUCCCCCUGUUGCUGAUGAUCAUUCCCGGCUACGGCUGAGCCACUAUGGCCACGUCAACCAUCAAAGAGUUUCUUGUAACUUAUUUAAUGCCAGAAAAAUGCUACUACGAGCUCUUCCUGAACUUUCACUUUCACGUGCCAUGCCUAAAGUUCGUACUAAACAAAACUGCCGGAUUCUGGAUCAUACUGGACACAUUCCUGGCACAACUGCCUCAGUUGAUAAAGAUGUUAUGGGGAGGAAGUGCAGAGGGUCUGAGUCUUAGCGCCUUCUUCUUGCAGCUUUAUGCUUUCUCGUGUCCUGUUGUGUACACUAUGGCCAACAACUUCCCACUCUUUGCCUGGGCUGAUAGGCUCUUCAUGCUUGCCCAGACAGUGGCGAUCGUCUUCCUCAUCCUCCAUUAUCGCGGUGAUACGGUCCGAGGAGUUCUGCUCCUCUUUGCUCUCUGUGGUGUAAUGCUCCUCCUGCGCUCCUAUGCAGCAGCAGCAGUCAUCUCAGUGAUACAGGCCUCCAGUUUGGCGGCUUUCAUUGCAAGCAAGGUUCUCCAGGCUACAACAAACUAUCACAACGGCCACACGGGUCAACUAUCCACUCUGUCAGUGUUGCUUUCAUUUGCAGGCUGUCUGGGUGUGGCCUUUGUUUCUUUACAGGAAAAUGGAAACUCUCCUGUGAGUUUGUCACACAUACUGUCAGCCUGUCUCAGCUGUGUCCUUCUGGCUCAGAUCCUCUGCUACAAGGCCGGCGCUGUCAGCACUACAAAGAAGACAGUGUAGAGCACAGUGAUGAUGCUGCCUGUUAUUAUAUUGUGCCUGAGGUUGGCCUGUCAAGUACGGAGCCAAAGUAGCAGUAAAUGUUUACAGAUUUUUCCUUUUUAAUAUGUCCAAAUGCCACUGUCACGUGUUUUGUGUGAAAUAUUAUGUCUGUUUUAGGUUAUUGUGACCUAAGGGGAUAGAAAAAAUACUUUGUUGACCACCAGGGAUUCAAAUAAAAUGACUUUAUUCU